AUGUCCCGUGGCGCUGCGGCGGGGGUCGCGCUGCUGGCGCUGCUGGCGGCCGCGGCAGAGGCGGCUGUGGUGCUGCGCGGCGGCGGCUACAAGGGGCUGGUGGCCGCCGUGCACCCCCGCGUGGGCGAGGACGCGGAGCUGCUCACCAGGCUGCAGGAGAUGAUCACGGAAGCUUCUUUCCAUCUCUUCAACGCCACGAGAGGCAGAGCCCAUUUCAGGAGCGUGAAGAUCCUGAUUCCCCCAACGUGGACUGAGAAGGGUUACRAGGCACCAAAGCACGAGUCCUAUGACACGGCAGAUGUCAUUGUGGCACCUCCUUACUGGAAACAUGGAGAUGACCCAUACACCCUGCAACCUGGAGCAUGUGGACAGACAGGAAAAUACAUCCAUUUCACACCUAACUUCCUAGCAAAUGAUAAUUUGAUGGAUAUCUAUGGCUCACGAGGCCGACUCUUUGUCCACGAGUGGGCCCACCUUCGCUGGGGGGUCUUUGAUGAGUAUGACAGCGAGAGACCUUUUUAUGUAACUGCGCGGAACCAGGUUAAGGUUACAAGGUGCUCCUCUGAUGUUACUGGCAUCUACGUCUGUGAAAAGAAUUCCUGUACUGAAGGCAGCUGUGUUAUUAAUAAGCUAACAGGCCUUUUCAAGGAAGGAUGCACAUUUAUUCAUGACAGGAAUCAAACUGCAGUAUCAUCAAUAAUGUAUAUGCAAAGCUUGUCAUCUGUGGCUGAAUUCUGCGAUGAACAUAACCAUAACAGAGAAGCACCCAACCUGCAGAAUCGAAUGUGUGAUUACAGAAGCACAUSGGAAGUAAUCAAAAACUCCCCAGAUUUUAAAAAUAACCCUCCAGUGACCAACAGCAGCUACAUUACUCCUCCUUCCUUCUCAUUGCUGCAGAAGAGAGAUAGAGUGAUAUGUUUAGUGCUUGACAUUUCUAAGACUGUAAGUGGGGAUAACUGGAUCAAACGAUUGCAUCAAGCAGCAGAAUUAUAUCUACUGCAAAUAGUGGAAGAAUAUUCUUAUGUUGGUAUUGUGACGUUCAGUCACAGGGCAGAGAUCAAGGCUUACGUGCGUCAGGUCGUGAGCGACGAUGUUCGGAAGCAGCUUGCGUCCCACUUACCUGCAGCUCCAGGGAGCGAGAGAGCUGACGUCUGUGCAGGCCUGCAGCUGGCAUUGGAGGUAAUCAGGAAGAAAGAUGGAAGUACAUAUGGAUCUGAAAUUGUACUGGUGACAGGUGGACAAGACAGUAUGAAGAAGUGUUUUUCUGAUAUGGUUAACAGUGGAUCAGUCAUUCACACAAUUACUGUUGGGUCUUCUGCUGCUAAAGAAAUUGAACAUUUCUCCAAAGAGACAGGAGGGCUGAAGUUUUUUGUCCCAGAAAGACUGGACUUCAGUGACUUACUGGAUGUUUUUAGUGGAAUUUUGUCUAGAAGUGGAGAUACUUUCAAUCACUCUAUUCAGAUUGAAAGUGCUAGUGACAGUAUUGGCAGGUACAAGGAACUGCGUAGGACAGUGACUAUUGACAGCACAGUGGGAAGAGAAACAUUCUUUGUAGCCACUUGGCAGACGUCUGGAGCUCYGGAGAUCACACUGUCUGAUCCCAGUGGGAAAAGUUACACCAACAAGGACUUUGACAUUGAUUCAGUUUUCCAUGUAGCUCGUCUUCAGAUUCCAGGAAUUGCAGAGACAGGGGAAUGGAUAUACACCCUGACGAAUAUUCACCCAUCUCCUCAAGUUCUAACAAUGAUGGUGACUUCUCGAGCAGCAAAUUCAACUAUACCUGCGGUGGCUGUGAAAGCCCAUGUGAGCAAAGAUAUAAAUGACUAUCCCAAUCCAAUGGUUGUCUAUGUACAAGUUAGUCAAGGGUUUUCUCCUAUUCUUGGAGCAAAUGUGACUGCCAUUAUCAGUCCACAGAAUGGAGAUCCAGUUUCCUUGGAACUUUUUGACAACGGAGCAGGUUCUGACAUUGUCAAGAAUGAUGGUAUCUAUUCAAAGUACUUGUUUUCUUUCCCCGGGAAUGGCAGAUACAGCCUGAAAGUCCAUGUCCACGCUAGCGCUAACAGAACUAUCGUACCCCAAAGGGCAAUGUCGUGGAGCCACGCCAUGUAUAUACCGGGUUAUGUGGAGAAUGGUAAAAUCAAGAUGAACCCAUCAAGACCCUCAAUUAUUAGAAAUGAUCUUCAAAUCCAAAGAGGUGGUUUCCACAGAACAUCUGCAGGAGGCUCCUUUAUAAUAUCUGCGGUUCCAGUGGGACCUUAUGCUGAUGUGUUUCCACCAUGCAAAAUUAUUGACCUUGAUGCCAGAAUAGAAGACAAUAAAGUUGUAUUAUCAUGGACAGCACCAGGAGAUGAUUUUGACAAAGGCCAAGCUGCAGGUUAUGAAAUCAGAACAAGUGAAACUCCUCUGGAGUUACGGGACAACUUCUAUAGGACUACUUUUGUGAAUGCCUCCAGUCUCUCACCUGAGCUUGCGGGUUACAAAGAAAUGUUUGCAUUUAAACCAGAAGCCUUUACAGCAGGAAACAUCAGCAUCAUCUAYGUAGCUAUACGGGCCAUUGAUGAAGUCUCUCAUCACUCUGAGCUAUCUAACAUUGCACAGGCAGUAAUGUUUAUUCCUCCAAUGGACUCUCCUAYUUCUAAUGUGGAAUUUGGUGUUUCAACAAUAUUGUUACUAGUCUUUGGAUUGUUAGCAGUAGUUUGUCUUACAGGCAGYACAACCUUCUUUUUAUUAAAGAAAAAGGACAAAAAGACAGAAACUACUACUAAAUUGCUUUAA